AUGAUGCUCACGGAAUGUGAGAGGAUCCUGGGUCAAGGCCUCCUGCGACUUCCGGCCAAGCAUGGUUAUCGCUAUGGCCCCCAGGCGGAGAGAGACCUGCUAGAACUUCUUUUCCGCUCCCUGACCGGCCACGAUGAGGAUCGCCUUGGCGUAUUAUUCCCCGAAGGACUGCCCGCCGGUCCCUGGAGGCUGGCAGAGGCCCAGGGCGCCAAGGAAGGCGCUGAGUACACCGAGGCGGCGCGGGGCAAGCGGUGCGGCCAUAUCUUCCGGGCCGGCGAGGCUACCUACCGAUGCGUCACCUGCGCCGCCGACGAUACGUGCGUGCUUUGCAGUCGGUGCUUCGACUCCUCCGACCAUACCGGCCACCAGUACCAGAUCUCGCUGUCGUCGGGCAACUGCGGCUGCUGCGAUUGCGGGGACGAGGAGGCCUGGCGGCUGCCGUUGUUCUGCGCCAUCCAUUCGGAAAAUGACGAUCAGAAGAAGGACAAGGCCCACGCGCAGUCGCAUCUGCCGCGGGAGUGGGUGGACAAUAUCCGGCUGACCGUCUCGCGCGUGCUGGACUACUUCUGCGACGUGAUCUCGUGCUCGCCGGAGCAGCUGCGCUUGCCAAAGACCAUUGAAGGUAUCCGGAAGGACGAAGAGGCGUCGCGGCUGCGGUCGGACUGGUACGGCGAAGGGGACCAGGCGCAGGAAGAGCCUGAGUUCGCGGUGGCCCUGUGGAACGACGAGAAGCAUACGAUCCGAGACGUCGCGCAUCAGGUGAGCCGGGCGUGUCGACAGAACGACCGGUUUGGCGUGGACCGAGCCCACGAGACGAACGACAUUGGACGCAGCGUGGUCAAAUAUUCCUCGAACCUCGAGCAAUUGUUGAAUGUCUCGAAGGUGAUCGAGCAGAUCAAGGUCACCGUCACCAUUCGAUCGUCUCGGGACACGUUCCGGGAGCAAAUGUGCGGCACCAUCGUGGAGUGGCUCGCCGACAUUGCGGGAUGUAGCGUUCUGGAUGAUAACGAGAUCUUGCGCCACACUGUCUGUCAUGAGUUGAUGGGUUCCUGGCAACGGGGUAGCGGUGCUUAUAACGCAGAGAUCGGUCUUCGGGGCAUCGAUGACCAUCAACGCUCGGAAAACGUGCCAUUCCGGACAGUUAUGCUCACCGUAUCCCCUCAGGGCCAGGUGGUUUUGGCUACCGGUAAUGAUGAUGAUGAUGAUGAUGAUGACGACGAUCUGGCAAACGGGGACGAACCGGAUCCGAACGAGGUCGAGGGUGAUGAUGACGAUGAGUUUAUUGAACAUGACGAUGCUGACGACGAGGACGAGGAAAUGGAGAUCGAUCUUAAUCGCCUGCGGGAAGAGGUGGAUGAGGAUGAGGACAUGGUGAUGGGCAAUGCCGACGAUGUUCUCGACAUUGGCCACCACAUAAUGGGCUUUGUGACCCAACGAACGCCCGCUCCCGAUGAUGAAUCUCAACAGGAGCAGCAGGAUGGGCAAGAGCGUGAGCAGGAACAGGACCAGGCACGGCAUGAGCCGACCCAGCCGCCUCCGCAGAAUGAGGAGAGCCAACAAUCCACCUCGAACAAUUCUGGGUCCGUUGACAACGAUGAGGAUACCGCGAUGGAGUAUAUCCGCAUUCCAAAGACGCCAUCUGGAGUAGUCAAACCCUCGAAAGCCAGCACACCUAGCCACUGGCGAGUGCGACCUUCUGUUCCUCUCAAGGGCGAUGCUGUGCCCCCGUACGAGGACCUGUGGCAACGGACGCGACUUGACUGGAUGAUUCUCUUUGACCUGAGGUUGUGGAAGAAGACGCGCACAGACCUUCGCGAUCUUUACAUCGGCACCGUGGUGAAUGUUCCGGAGUUCAAGCGAAUCAUGGGGCUGCGCUUGUCUGCUCUCUACACGGCAUUGGCGCAACUAUACCUGAUUGCCGACCGAGAACCGGACCACUCCAUUGUCAAUUUGUCGCUGCAGCUUCUCACGACGCCCUCUAUCACCGAGGAGAUCGUGCUCCGAGGAAACUUCUUAACCAAGGUCAUGGCCAUCCUGUAUACCUUCCUCACGACGCGGCAGGUUGGUGAGCCAUUCGACGUAAACCCCAAUGCCACCUUGGCGUUCGAUGCUGGUUCCGUGACGAAUCGCCGUCUGUAUCACUUCUUCCUCGACCUGCGGUACCUCCUUCAGUCAGAGUACGUGCAGGUCCGCGUGAGGACUGAGGAUCAAUAUCUCGGUCAAUUCUUGGAUCUGGUCAAGCUGUCGCAGGGCAUCUGCCCUAAUGUCCGCGCCGUGGGAGAACACGUGGAGUACGAGACGGAUGCUUGGAUCAGUGCGUCGAUUCUCAUGCGCGAGAUCAACCGACUCUGUCGUCAGUUCUGUGAAGCGUUCCGAAACCCCGAGGUGGAUGGCGGCGCCAAUCUCUUGCGGGCGAUGAAGGUGGCUACAAUCACCGCUGUGGCGCACUCUACAGGCGUCGAGCGCCAGCGCUUCGAACAGGCCGAGAUAAAGGACUACGUCUCCUUCAAGACCCUGCCGCCUUUUGAUUUCGAGGUUGAUCAGAACCAUAUUCCCCGCUAUCGCGUUGUAUCCUUCGUUGUAGAACGGGGCUCUAUUAGUUUCCACCAUGCUCUGCAUUAUACUCUCUCCUGGCUACUUGAAUGCGGACGUGGUAUGAGCAGCGCCAUGAUGCGGGAUGCCCUGUUUGAAGCUGCGAAGGUUGCCAAUGACAAGUUCAUCCACGAUAGCACGCUUGGGCCGGAAGAUCUUCUGCUUUCGAUGUUUGACUACCCUCUCCGGGUGUGUGCGUGGUUGGCACAGAUGAAGGCCGGUAUGUGGGUGCGCAACGGCCUAAGCUUGCGCCAUCAGAUGUCGCAGUACCGUGGAGUCUCGUCCCGUGACUUUGCCUACUAUCGCGAUAUCUUUCUGCUGCAAACCGCUCUGGUGACCUGUGACCCUAGCAGGGUGCUUGCAUCCAUUGCGGAUCGAUUUGGAAUGGUGGAUUGGAUGACCAAGGACUACACCCCGCGCCCCGGUUACGAGGAUACCCAGAUUGUCGACGUGGCCGAGGAAUUCGUACAUCUGCUGGUGAUUCUCUUGACCGAUCGAAACUCGCUCACGGCCAUCGACGACAGCGAUCAGGCGAUGCACCAAAACAUCAGCCGCGAUAUUGCGCACGUGCUGUGUUUCAAGCCUCUCUCCUUUUCGGACCUGUCGACCCGCCUCAGUGACAAGCUCCUGGACUCGGAUAUGUUCCAGGACGUGCUGGAGGAGGUGGCGUCGUUCCGCCCGCCAGAGGGUCUCAACGACACGGGUACCUUCGAGCUCAAGCCCGAGUACCUUGACCUCAUCGACCCGUACAGUGCCCACUGCACCAAGAACCAGCGCGACGAGGCAGAGAAUAUCUACAAGGAAUGGGUGGCCAAGAAGUCCGGCAAGAAGGCAACCGACGUCGUGUUCGAGCCCAAACUCCGACCCAUUACCUCGGGGGCCUUUUCGGACCUUCCUCGUUUCACCCGGACCUUGCUCUUUGCCCAGGUGGUCCACCACUGUCUGGAAUACGUGAUGUCCUCGAAGGAUCGUACGCCCAAAAUUCCCUCCACGCGCGUGGAAACCUUCCUGCAGGUGGUUCUUCACUUGAUUCUCGCCGCUACGCUGGAAGACAACGCGGGCGAUGACAUGUCGGACGAUUCGUCUUCUUUCGUGUCGCAUGCUCUGACCAAGGCCCGAGAAACCCAAGCUGGCUACUUGACCAUCAUAGGUCUGCUCGAGAAGAUCUCUAUCAUGGGCGAAUUCUCUGCCUGUGGCGCCAAGAUCCGGCAUAUCUUGAAGCGGCUGUGGCAGAAGCGGCCUGGGGCGUACGCGUCGGCCACUGCGUCUCUCAAGUUCCCCUUCGAUCGGAUCGAGACGAACUCCCCGGCUAUCGAUACCGACAAUGAGAAGGAGACCAAGAAGAAGCAGGCCUUGGAGAGACAGGCACGGGUCAUGGCUCAGUUCCAGCAGCAGCAACAGAACUUCCUGAACAGCCAAGGUGACAUCGACUGGGGCGAGGAAGAUUUCAGUGAUCUGGAGUCGGAAACCGAGGCUGCUCCGGAGGCCAAACUCUGGAAAUAUCCCAGUGGAACCUGCAUUCUGUGUCAAGAGGAAUCCAGUGAUUCUCGACUCUAUGGCACAUUCGCCCUGAUUCAGGACAGCAGCAUCAUGAGGCAGACCGACAUCCGGGAUCCCGACUGGAUUCGGGAGGUGCUGAAGACCCCGUCCAGCUUGGACAAGUCUGCUGAGGCUAUCCGGCCGUUUGGAGUGGCUGGCGAGAACCGCACGACGGUGCGUCGACUGGACUCGACCGGUGGAGAGGUGAUCAGCGAAAAGGUUGGGCUCAGCAAAGGUUUUAACGCGAAGAACACCCUUCGAGGUCCCGUUACCACUGGCUGUGGGCACAUUAUGCAUUACUCCUGCUUCGAGGUCUACUAUACGGCUACCCAGCGACGUCAUACCCAGCAGAUCGCACGAAACCACCCCGAGUGUCUGCAGUUGAAGGAGUUCGUCUGUCCCCUCUGCAAGGCCUUGGGCAAUGCAUUCCUUCCGAUCACCUGGAAGGGCAAGGAAGAGUCUUAUCCCGGCCCUCUCAGCACCACGUCAUCCUUCGACGAGUUCAUGGCCACCGAGGUCAAGACUAUCCUUGCGCAGCCGCGGAACUACAACCUUCUCAUGGACAAUGGUAGCGGCAAUGCCUCGACGAGCCAGCACCAGCCAUAUCAGGAUAUGUUCGUCGACUACCUCUCCAAGGCACUGGUGCCUCCGCUUGCCACCAAGGUAGACCAACUGAUGAGUUCUUCUCUCCCAUCUCCUACGUCUUACAUUCCGCCGGCCAGGAUGCCCAUGCCUGGUAUCUUCCCGACUCAGGAUGAACUCCCUACCCCAAGCCCUCUUCAACAUGUUUCCAGUCCCAGCGACAGUCCCAUGUCGGAGCUUCUUCAGAUCUACAAGCGGUUGAAGAAGACCCUGCGGCUGAACCACAUCUACUCGACGUUCAGCCAUUCGCCGGAGACUAUCAAUACGGACGACCUGGUUCAUACAGACUCCUUGUUCCAGACCUUUGGCUUCAGCAUUGCUGCGGCUGAGAUUUCGCAGCGCGGCGUCGAGUCGGAACCGGGCGCGACUCUCCUCGACAAGAUCCCCCAGCUUACGCUGACCCAUCUCCGCGUUUUGGCCGAGACGGCGUUGUCCUACGCGGCCGUCGGAUGCCUACACGAUCGUACCAACCCCCACAGCCGCUCGAUCGAUGAGUUCCAGGAGAUGCACCGCCACAAGAUCUGCCAGCUGUUCGUCGGCCACCCUAGUUUGCAAGGCACGGCGCUUGUCGAUGACGUCCGUGAGAUCGAGCCUCUCCUUGGUAUGGAGACGUUCGUCUUCUUGGCCGAGAGCUCGCUCUCGCUCCUGCCGGUCCUCAACAUGGACGUCCGCCAUCUGAUCCAGAUGUGCUACGUGGCUGAAAUUGUCAAGGUGGUCGCGACCUAUGCGUUGUGGCCCCUUGGAUUGAAGGAGGAGCUGGCUUCGAACGGGGAUGCGCAUCACCUGCUGGACGCGGAGCUGUCCGAUGAGCGGUACGAAUCAACGCGGCAUUUCUUCAACUCCGUCGUCUCUGAGCUUAAGUCGAACUCGGUCGGACGCGCCGAAGGGUCUUCGUUCCCUGCCGAGAGCGGCUACGUCAAGGACAGCGAGGAUUCGGCAACUCCGGGUGUCGUGAUUGCGCUGCGACGUCUCAUCUCCAGCUACGCGCUGACCUUCCUCCGCAAGGCCGUCAUCCUGCUGCACGUUCAACACGGCGUGGAGUUCCCCAGCACUGGCUUCGCCGACCUGGGUGCAUCCGAGUUAGACCGUCUCACCAAGAUGCUGCAGCUGCCGACCCUGGACGACAUCUUUACGAGCGUGAACCCAGCUCGCACGAGCAGUCGUCCGUUCGACGGUAUUAUCUCGGGGUGGAUCUUCCACUGGAACGCAUCUCGAUCGGGGAUUCGCAUCGGCGACCACAAGCUAUGGCCCAGCCUGACGCAUCCGGCCAUCUACGAACUGGUCGGGUUGCCGAAGUAUUUCGAUAGCCUGAUCGAAGAAGCCAACCGACGCCGUUGCCCCAAGUCCAAGAAGGAGCUGACCGAUCCGAGUAUCUGCUUGUUCUGCGGAGAUAUCUUCUGCUCGCAAGCCGUAUGCUGUAUGGAGAACAAGCUGGGCGGAUGCAACCAGCACCUUCAGAAAUGCGGCAAGAACAUUGGACUGUUCAUCAACAUCCGUAAAUGCACCGUCCUUUACCUCCACAACCAGAAUGGGUCCUGGCACUAUGCCCCGUACCUGGACCGACACGGCGAAGUCGACCCGGGACUACGACGCAACCGCCAGUUGAUCUUGAAUCAGAAGCGAUACGACCGACUCCUUCGCGACGUAUGGCUCUCGCAUGGAGUGCCCGCCACGAUCAGUCGGAAGUUGGAAGCGGACAUUAACAACGGAGGAUGGGAGACGAUUUAA